AUGUGUCUGCUGGGUGAGAAACGCAGCGGUCAGCUCUCGUGUCCGAAGGAAGACAUCAACCGCCACAUAAGUAAUACUUAUAGCGACAGCAUGAGAGACCAAGACCUCGGCCACUGUGAAGCCCUUGUAUGCCCUCCUGAACCCAGCACCCUGUUUCACAUCAGCGUACCCACUCUGAAGGAAGUCAAAGAGGUCAUCAAAGCUUCCAGAGCGGCAUCAGCACCGGGCCCAAGUGGGGUCCCGUACAAAGUCUUCAAACAGUGCCCCCGCCUGCUGGAGCACCUGUGGAAGAUCUUUAGAGUGAUCUGGAAAAGAGGGAAGGUACCCCAGCAGUGGAAGUAUGCAGAGGGAGUAUGGGUCCCCAAGGAGGAGAAUGCAAAGGACAUCGAGCAGUUCAGAUCAAUCUCCCUUCUCAGCGCAGAGUGCAAGGCCUUCUUUAAGAUCGUUUCCAACCGCCUCAUGCGAUUUCUGCUGAAGAACUCCUACAUCGAUACCUCUGUGCAGAAAGGAGGAGUCCCAGGAGUCCCAGGGUGUAUCGAGCACACUGGUGUAGUGACUCAGCUGAUCCGUGAAGUGAGAGAGAGUAGGGGCGAUCUGGCAGUACUUUGGCUGGACCUUGCCAAUGCUUACGGGUCGAUUCCACAUAAGCUGGUGGAAUUAUCCCUGAGUAAAUACCAUGUCCCAGAGAAGAUGCGCCAUCUCAUCCUCGACUAUUAUGACCAUUUCAGUCUGAGGGUGUCCUCUGGGGCUUCAACAUCAGAUUGGCAUCGUCUGGAAAAAGGCAUCAUUACCGGCUGCACGAUCUCUGUGUCCCUGUUCGCCCUUGCCAUGAAACACCACUAUUCCGUCUGUGUCCGAAAAACCAGUGAAGAGCCUCGGAAAGCUGUUCACUGGCGAUCUGAAAGACACCGCUGCACGCCAAGCAGCCGGAUCUAUCAGCAUAACAUCCUGCCUCGUCUCCUUUGGCCACUGGUGAUGUAUGAAUUCCCAGUUACGACCAUGGAGGGCUUUGAGAGCAAGAUCAGCCAGCACCUGCGCAGGUGGCUCAGCCUGCCACGGAGUCUGAGCAGUAUUGCGCUGUUUGGGCAUGGGAUUAAGCUCCAGCUUCCAUUCAGCAUUGUCACAGAGGAGUUCAAGGUAGCCUGGGCCAGAGAAGUCCUGCUCUACAGAGACUCCACUGAUGGGAAGGUAUCCUCAGCAGGUGUGGAGGUUUGCACAGGAAGGAAGUGGCAUGCCCAGGACGCAGUGGAGAGAGCAGAGGCAAGGCUGUGGCACAGUACCUUGGUGGGUACAGUGGCCACAGGUCGGACAGGGCUGGGUAGCAUCCCAAAGCCUUGCUUCAGCAGAGCUAAAGGGAAGGAAAGACGGAAGCUCAUACAGGAGGAGAUUUGGGCAGAGGUGGAAGAGGCUCGCUUCAGCAGAGUGGUGGGCAUGAGCAAGCAGGGGGCUUGGACCAAGUGGGAGCAUGUCACAAGCCGGAAAAUCACAUGGACUGAGCUGUGGAAGGCGGAGCCACAUCAUUUCAAGUUCCUUGUCCAAUCGGUAUAUGAUGUCCUCCCAAGCCCUGCUAACCUGUUCACCUGGGGUCUGACGGACUCAGCUGUGUGCCAGCUCUGUCAGAAGAAAGGAUCCUUAGAACACAUCCUCAGCUGUUGCUCAAAGGCCCUGGGAGAUGGGAGGUAUCGCUGGCGCCAUGACCAGGUCCUGCAGGCAAUAGCAGACACCAUCUGUACCGGCAUCAACAUCAGCAAGGGACAACAACCAACCAAGAGCGCAAUUGCUUUUGUCCGAGCAGGGGAGAAACCUCAGCCCUCCAAGAAGACUCAAGGGGGCCUGCUUACAACAGCAAGAGAUUGGCAGCUUGUGGUUGAUCUGGGGAGACAGUUGUGAUUCCCGGACAAAAUCGCAGCCACGACACUCCGUCCAGACAUGGUGUUGAUGUCAACGUCCAGCCGGCAGGUGGUGCUCCUUGAGCUAACAGUUCCCUGGGAGGACAGAAUGGAGGAAGCCCAAAAGAGGAAGAGAGCAAAAUAUGCAGAGCUUGUGGCUGAGUGCCGGAGGAACGGUUGGAAUGCCCGCUGCGACCCAAUUGAGGUGGGCUGCAGGGGUUUUGCAGACAGAUCCCUACACCGCGUCCUUGGACUCCUUGGGAUUUGUGGACUGCAUAGGCGAAGACCCACCAAGAACAUCUUGGAAGCAGCUGAGAAGCUGUCAAUUAUGGGGAGUCAGAUCCUGAUGGAGACAGAUGCCAAUCCAGGACCAGAGAAAAAGAGGCAGAGAACUGGAGCUCCCUGUGUGGUGUAUGGCUGUAGCAAUGAGGCUCAACAUGGGUACUUCAUGCACAAACUGCUAGGAAAGAAACCAAGUGGGCAGGAGCGAUACAGUCCACUGCAGAGAGCUUGGAUAUCCUUCAUAGGACAAAAAAGGCAGUUUGACACAAAGGUUGCCCGCACCUACAAGUCUGAUAUCGUGAGCAACGAAGUUACCUCGAGUAAUGCCAUGGAAAGGGAAGGACUAGAGAGAUGUCUGGAAAAGUUAAGAGAUUUGGGCCUGGAAGUUGGUACCCUCAAUACAGACAGGCAAGCAGGCAUUUCCAAGUUUGUUCGACUGAACUACCCAACCAUAGACCACCGGUAUGACGUGUGGCAUAUUGUCAAAGGCGGCCUUGAUCGUGUAGAGGACACAGGCUGGCAGCUGGACACGGAUGUCUUUACCCAGCCAGACCACAUCCCCCACAGCGAGAUUCCUCUUAGUAGUAUGCCACUUUUGCUGAAUGAAGAGAUUUGGGCCAGCAAGCUGAGACCAAGCUUUCCAGAAGAUGUUAACCUGGGUUUGAAUCUCCUGGAGAAGCUUGUAGGGAUAAUUGGCAAAAUCAAAGUCACCAUCCUGAGAAGCUUGGCCCAAGAGGAGUAUAACACAGCACCAUACGAGUGCUCGCUGCCAUCCAAGAACGUAAUUCCACAUGGCUCCGCACUUGGGUCAGGUGUCAAAGACCUCGCGAAUCUCAACUGCUGCAGUUCCGUGUCGUCUUCCAUUAAACGAAUAGCAUCUUCCCGAAGACCAUCAGAUAAAGGCGUGUCCCAUGUAUUUUCUGAUGGGCUGUACUGUACCUUCGCUUCUUGA